CAACACUCACCGCUCACUGUUGGAAGUUGCAUUUGAAGGGCACGCAACAACUUGCAGAGAUACAAGGCAGCUGCUCACGAAAAACAAUGAUGGGGGACUCAUUAUAGCAUCUUUGAAUUGUUCUUAAUGUAACCAAGGUGGACGCUUUAUCCGUAUCUAGCUAAAAAUCGUCAAACUGGAGCGAGCAGAAGAAAGAAAGGACAGAUUGUCCCCGGGACUCAGGUUAUUUGGGGUCUAGUAAACACAGGAAAAAUGAAAUUUGCUCAGUUUCUGCUGAAAAAUGGCUCGGUGGUUGGGAUACCGAAGCAAGUGGAGAGGUUUGCUAAGUUCUCCCCCUCUCCAUUGUCUAUGAAGCAGUUCAUUGACUUUGGCUCAGCCAAUGCUUGUGAGAAGACUUCGUUUGUGUUCCUGCGGCAGGAGCUUCCUGUCAGGCUGGCCAACAUCAUGAAAGAAAUUGACUUCCUCCCUGACAAGCUUCUCAACACCCCAUCCCUAAAGCUCCUCAUCAGCUGGUAUUCCCAGAGUUUGUUGGAGAUUGUAGAUUUUCUAGAGAAGAAUCCAGAUGAUAAGGAGGUCCUGACAAAAUUCACACAGACUCUGGUAAACGUCCGAAAUCGUCACAACAACGUGGUGCCCACCAUGGCUCAGGGUGUGGUGGAGUACAAGGACGCGUUUGGCGUGGACCCCGUCACCAACCAGAACGUCCAGUACUUCCUUGACCGCUUCUACAUGAGCCGCAUCUCCACACGGAUGCUCAUGAACCAGCACACAUUAAUCUUCGAAGGCAGUGUGAACCCAGCCCAUCCCAAACACAUUGGCAGCAUCGACCCCAGCUGUGACGUCACGGAGGUGAUAAAAGAUGCCUACGAGACUUCAAAGAUGCUGUGUGAGCAGUAUUACCUGACCUCUCCUGACGUGGAGAUCACACAAGUCAAUUCCAAAAACCCCAACCAGCCCCUCCACAUUGUCUACGUGCCGUCCCAUCUCUACCACAUGCUGUUUGAGCUUUUCAAGAACGCGAUGAGAGCUACCGUCGAGACCCACGAGACGAGCAUCACACUGCCCCCGAUCAAAGUGCGGGUCUCACUGGGAACUGAGGAUCUCACUAUCAAGAUGUCUGACAGAGGAGGGGGAGUCCCUCUGAGGAAGAUCGAGCGUCUGUUCAGCUACAUGUACUCCACGGCUCCGAGUCCGGUCCACGAAGACAACUCCCGCAAUGCACCACUGGCUGGUUUUGGCUACGGCCUGCCCAUCUCCCGUCUGUAUGCCAAGUACUUCCAGGGAGACCUGCAGCUCUACUCUAUGGAGGGCUACGGCACCUCAGCUGUUAUAUACUUGAAGGCCCUGUCCUCGGAGUCAGUGGAGAGACUCCCUGUUUUCAACAAGUCAGCCUUAAGGCAUUACCAGACGAGCAUAGAGGCUGACGACUGGUGCAUGCCCAGCAAGGAUCCGAAGCAACUGGGCAACUCCAAGAGGACAGUCUAAAGUAGUUUGAUUAAUAUAAUUGAGAAGAAAAGGGGUCCAUGUUUGAAGAGAUGGAUGAACUUGUUGUACUGUGAGUGGGAGAAGACACAUGCUGCUGGACCCGGACGACUGGGUGUGGAAAGUGGAUUCCUUUUCUCACCCAGAGAAGCCUAGAGCCUGGUGCCAAGAGUCAGAUAAAUUGUACAGAUAUAACUGAGCUGAACUAUUACUCAUUACCAGGCUACAGGCAAGUUAACGUCAUGAUACUUUACUAUUGCAACGAUUACGUCCAGCUAAUGAAAAUUGAGAAAAGUCAAGUAUUAAUCUCCCUCAGCUUUCCUCAUUACCCUAUAUAUUUUAAUAACACGGUUACACUACAAAACCAGCAUGCUGUUUGUGUUUAUUUCAUCUUUCAAAAUGUAUCAUUUUCCAAUUCAAAGCCAGGCAAAUGUUUUAGGUUGUUACUAUUCCUGGGUUGUGUUUUUGCAUCCGGUAAAUGUGUACCUCUGCUUAUAAACACGCAACCUAAGCCAGCUGCAGCACGGUCACUUCGACUGCAGCCUGAACUCAAAGAGAUCAAAGUCUAUUCCUGCACUUUUGUUCAUGUCGGCAUGGUAUUCCUUCAUAAUCUGCGGCAUUGCUUUACACGCACAACUUCUGCAGUUCAGUUUUCACCCGUCCACAGCAUUAACAGACACUAUAAGAAAGAUUUUCCCUGGUUAUUUAUGCUGUAAAAUAAAAUUAAUGUAUAAUAAAUUGUGAAACGUUUACCUUUUAGCUCCUUUAAUAUGAGGUGUAAACAUAGUUGAUGGAGCAGAAGGGGGAAAGUGCCUUUGUGGAGAAGUGGAACACAGUAUUGCAACAUAUGUAACGGUGAUAUGUUAAAUGUAACUGUGAAUAAUUAUAUUUUAACUAUAAAACUGCCAGGUUCACAUAACCUUCACAAUAAUAACUCCCCAUCUGUUGAAACUGGUUUGUAUUCCAUUGCAAUAAAAACACUAAAGUUAUUCCAAGAAUAUUUUCAGUGUUUUUCAAAUAGUAAAACUAAACAGUGUAUCUCUGGUCCUUGGGUAAUAUCAACAAGUGUUUUGCAAUGAUGCAUGUGUUGUAUAUUUAAGUGAUUUCAGAGGGUGUAAAGUCCUGUGGAAAUGAUUGCAAAGUGUAGCAUGCAUUUACAGUAGGAACACCACAGACAAUGCUAUACUGUAUGUACGCUGUGUUAUCUAAUAGAUGUUUCCUUAUGUUUCUAAUAAUUUGACCUAUUCCAUGUCUUCAUGAAAUACCAGCAACACUUUUCGUAAACUGUACUUCUCAGUUCAGUCUUUUCCAAGUUUGUAGUGUUUAGAAUUGCAUUGAGACGCUGUUGAUUCAAAUGUAAAAUCCCUCAUUUUAGAUUUUUAUGAUUUUAUAACUGUCUUUACCAACUGACAUGUUUGCAUUUCAAAAUGUACGACCAUCACUCUCAAAGGCCUCGUGUUUCUGUGCUGAAGUUGUGGUUCAUUACUAAAAGGACCAGUGAAUGUAGAAAAAUAAAACUCAUCAAUGCGUAA